CCACCCCAGAUUUUUCGGUAUCUUCGCAUUUUCCUUCCUGAGAGCGGUUUUGCCAUCAGACGCUGUAGUCGAUAUUCCUUAGAAAUAAAUGGAGCCCAGGUAGUGUCUACAAAGUCAUGGAGAAAGAAUGAUAAACUGGAGCUUUUAGAGGGCUACAUUGCAGAACUGACAGAACCCGACGAGAGCCUCCUCCGAGCAGGUGAAAAUGACUUCAGCAUCAUGUACUCCACCCGGAAACAGUGUGCCCAGCUUUGGCUAGGGCCUGCAGCCUUCAUUAAUCAUGACUGCAGACCAAACUGUAAGUUUGUCCCAAUGGAUGGGAACACGGCUUGUGUCAAGGUGCUGCGGGACAUUGAGCCAGAUGAUGAGAUCACAUGCUUCUAUGGUGACGGCUUCUUUGGGGAGAACAAUGAAUUAUGCGAAUGCCACACUUGUGAAAGGCAGUCUUUGAUAAACAAGAAUUGCCACCCCGAGAUCCAGCAAGACUGCUCUCUUACAAAAGUGCACAAUGGCCCUGAAAGCCCUGAAAGCCCGGGCGCGGCCAAUCAGGGCAGCCUGUUGUCAUUACCAAUGGUAGACCCCAAGCUUUCCCAGUAUGCUCACGUCCGCCUGGAAGGCCCACUUUUUGGAGGCAGGCAGUGCUGGCAACAGCUCCCUUCAGACAAGAUGGAGAAGGAACAAGCCGAGGAACAGCAUCUUCCUAAGCGGAUGGUUUCCUUUCCCCCUUUUGUGCCACCCAAACGGCUUCGACUGGUAGUGAGCCAUGGUUCCAUCAACCUUGAGGUAGCUGCAAGCUCCUGCGAGGAGAUGUCCUGAUCUGGCUGAUCUCCUGUGACUGAAA